CAGGGUUAAAGCGCCAUGUAACCGGAGCGCGGGGCUGUCGGGGGCCGGCCGGGGCGCGGGCAGUGGCGAGCGGCGGCGCGGCCCCGCUGGACGGCGCGUCCCGCCGCGGCGCAGGAAAAGAGGUUCCCGGCGGCGCCUCGGGCGCGAAGCCUCCCCGGGGCCGAUCCGGAAGGACGGGGCGGCCGGAGCAGGGGGAGAAUGAAGCGGUGACGACUCCGGAGAGAAGACUCUGAGCGAGACUCACCUGUGCGCCAGAGCCCCCACAGCCCCCAAAGCCUCCAGGCCUGCCCACAGCCCCCAGGUACUGCCCUCCGGCAGCCCCUGCCCCUCGCCGGGGGGCUCGGCCCGGCGGGACCCCUCCGGGAUGAACAUGGUAAAGAGCCCGGAGCAGCUGGAGCAGCGCUUGGCGGGGAUGGUGGCUGUCCGGGAGAAGUCUCCAGCCUGGUCUGCGCUGGGAGAGGAGGGGCCGGAGACCAUGAAAAAGGACAAGAGCCAUGGGCAGGAUGAGGCGGACUGUAGGGCAAAGCUGAUCCUCAUCAACGGGGACAAUGAUCCUGGCAUUGUACUGGAGGCAAAUGGGAAGCCCAGCACUCCAGAAUCCAGGGGCCUGGGGCUGCUGCCCCUGAAAAAGGAGAAGGACAGCAAUGGAGACCUCUCCAAGGAAGACCUGGCCUGGCCGCUUGAUCUGGCCUCAGUGCAGAGGGCAGGGCGGACCCGGCACGAGAUGCGGAUCAAGGAACCAGCACGCAGUGUGGAGACUCUCAGGGACCUGCCAACUCCUGUGCGGAGCUCCAGGCGCCGCUCAGCCGUGUCCACACCUGUGACCAUCGACCUGACGGAGGAGGACUCCCAGGACUCGUCCCGGAGCAGCAGCACACUGUCUGGGAGCAGCUCCCAGGAGGGGCAGAACGGCUCUGCUGAGCUGGGGGCAGAGGACUCGGAGAGCAGAGACAUGGCCAUGGCGCUGGAAUACCAGGAUGGGAAGGAGUUUGGAAUUGGGGAGCUCGUCUGGGGGAAGAUCAAAGGUUUUUCCUGGUGGCCUGCGAUCGUUGUCUCCCACAGAGCCACGGCCAAGCGCCAGGCAGUGUCGGGCAUGCGGUGGGUGCAGUGGUUUGGAGACGGGAAGUUCUCCGAGGUUUCUGCAGACAAACUGGUGGGAUUGAUGGCCUUUAGGCAGCAUUUCAAUUCCUCCACGUUCAACAAGCUGGUGUCCUACCGCCGUGCCAUUUACCACGCCCUGGAGGUUGCCCGGAGCCGCUCGGGGAAGACGUUUACAACUGGCCCCAGGGAGUCGCUGGAGGAGCAGCUGAAGCCCAUGAUCGAGUGGGCAAUCACUGGAUUCAAACCCCUGGGGCUCAAGGGACUGCGGCCACCCAAAGGCUCAGAGAAUCGUGUGCUGAAAAAUGGGACAGAGGAGGUGGUGUCCCUUGAGCAGUGUCCCCCCACCAAGAGGCUGAAGACCUACCCCUGCAACAACAGCAAGGAGCAGCGUGUGGAAGAAGACCAGACCCGAGAGCAAAUGGUUUCCGAAGUUACGAAAGACAGCGGGAAGCUGGAAGACAGCUGUUUGUCCUGCGGGAGGAGGAACCCGGCCAUCUUCCACCCACUGUUCAAGGGGGGCCUGUGCCAGACCUGCAGGGAUAGAUUCCUGGAGUACUUCUACAUGUAUGAUGAAGAUGGGUACCAGUCCUACUGUACCGUCUGCUGUGCAGGCAAGGAGCUGCUGCUCUGCAGCAACACCAGCUGCUGCAGGUGCUUCUGUGUGGAGUGUCUGGAUGUGCUGGUGGGGCGAGGGACGUCGAACAGAGUGAAAGAGCAGGAGCCCUGGAACUGCUACAUGUGCCAGCCCCAGCAGAACCACGGCGUGCUGCAGCGCCGGCAGGACUGGAACACCCGCCUGCAGGACUUCUUCACCAGUGACAAGGGACAGGAAUAUGCUGCACCCAAAAUCUACCCAACAGUUCCUCCAGCAAAGAGGAGACCAAUUCGAGUGCUCUCGUUGUUCGAUGGGGUGGCAACAGGAAAUCCAGGAGCGGCCACAUCGAGCGGUGCUGAUGAAGGAGACUUGGAGGCUAAGGAGAGCAGUGCCACCUCAGACCUCUGUCCGUUGGCAGGGUACACGGUGCUGAAGGACUUGGGCAUCCAAGUGGAGAAGUACAUUGCCUCAGAGAUCUGCGAGAACCCCAUUGCUGCCAGCACCGUGCGGCCCGAGGGCAACAUCACCUACGUGCACGAUGUCAGGAACAUAACCAAGAGAAACAUUGAGGAGUGGGGUCCCUUUGACCUGGUGAUCGGUGGAAGCCCCUGUGAUGAUGUCUCCCUUGUCAAUCCAACCAGGAAGGCGCUGUUUGAAGGAACUGGCAGGCUGUUCUUCGAGUUCUACCACCUGCUCAACUACGCUCGUCCCAAGGCAGGCGAGGAGCGGCCCUUCUUCUGGAUGUUUGAGAAUGUGGUGGCCAUGAGGAUCAACGACAAGAGGGACAUCUCCCGGUUUCUGGAGUGUAACCCAGUUAUGAUUGAUGCAAUCAAGAUAUCAGCUGCCCACCGAGCUCGUUACUUCUGGGGCAACCUCCCUGGGAUGGACAGGAUCUUUGGCUUCCCCCUCCCCUACACGGAUGUCUCCAACAUCAGCCGCGGGACUCGCCAGAAGCUGCUGAAGGGGUCGUGGAACGUCCCUGUCAUCCGGCACCUCUUCUCCCCGCUCAAGGAUUACUUUGCCUGCGAAUAGCAAGCGGAGCGUCCCUC